CCUAGCGGCGCGACCGCGCGACUCUCCGUCGAGCCGGCGGGCUGUGCUUGCUCGCUCGUGGAGAGCGCGGCCGAAGUCGGCGUAUUCAGAAGCCGCCGGGGGCUGGCCAGGCCACGCGCGUUGUGUCACCCGACUGGACCACGCCGAGAGAAGCCAAGACUGCCCGCUUUACCACGCGGAGUCGCCGAGAGUUUUGUGCUACGCCGCCGCGAGUUUUUCGUGGUCCGGCGCCCCAGCUGACGACGAACGCGGCUCCCAAGGGCGUCCCGACCGGGCCCCCUCUUCUCCAACGUGUGCGUACCACCACCGAGCCGGGUCGCGGAAAGUAUCUCCUUCACCGGACGAGUGCUGUGUUUAUCUUUCAUUUAUGGGAUAGUUUUUUUUUUUGGCCAUUGUGAUUGUCUUUCCAUGAUCGACUGAUUCGGCGGCUGUGUUGUUGUUUUUGGUGUGUGUAUUUUUUUUUUUCUCCGGUCUUCAUUUGUGCGUGUGUGUGGGUGUGAAGUGCGCGAGAACCCGGCGUGGCUUGCGGAAAGGUGAAAGUGCCUGUGAACUGCUCGGUACGGACGAGCAAACGUGGUGUCGGUUAGCGGCUGCCUGCUUUCUGAUUGGAUCGCGAGAUGUUGAUUGUUUGAGAUUGAUUCUUUGGGCGAGAGUGUGUGAGAGGGACGACCGUUUUCUUUUGACGACGCGCGACGCGUGAAAGCGAUACAAAGGUGAACCACGUGCUAGAUGUAACUAGUUCCAAAUUGGCACCUAGGAUAGCCAAAAAGAAAAGGAAAAAAAAGUGCGGCGUGGGGACGAGAUUCAUUGGUUACGGGGGACGAUGAUCCGGCAUCGCGAUACCGACAGGUGACUUUCCUCCCGGCUUGAAACGUAGGUCCAGAGAGAACCAAAAACUAGGGUCGUAACCUCCCAACCAAAAACAACAACAAAAAAAGAGCAAAAUUACUUCGUGAAAGCAGCGCACCGCCACCCUCACCACGUGAUUCCGUCGCUCGUUUUUCUGGCCGUUACCGAGUGGCGACUUCACGGACGCUUUCACGACCGGCGUCACGACCCCGUCGUCCGUGUGUGCUCGAGCCCUGAGCGCGGAGAUUUCGUCGCAAGGGAAGGAAGGAACCUAGGGGGAGUUUGGUGUCCACCGACCGAACCACGGGCUUCGCUGAGACGAGUCUUCGACAUCUCGCUCCUCACCCCCCACUUCGAAAAGAGGCCAACGUCAACCCCUCCACCUCGAUUUCCACCGCUGCUGGUUGUGAAGUGAACGCAAAUCACCUCUUUUUUUUUCGUUUCGAUCCGUAAAUUCGCAAGCGGAAGAUAAGUUUUGAACCGCGUCACCAAAUUCGGGUCAUCGACCAAAACAAAAAGAAGAGAAAAGUGUCCUCCCGGAUUAUCCAUCCAUCCAAGUCAUCAUCCCGGAGCGCGUUGAAAGUGUGUUGUGUUGUCGCUACUCAGGAAGUCUUCGCUCCGAAGCUCGCUGUCGCACCGUUUGACCUGCAUCACAUCGUGUUCUUCGACUCGUCGGUUCCGAGUUGGGUCUGUCCGACCGAUUCUUUUUUUUUUUUUUAGAUAUUUGUUUUUCGCCCAUUCGAGGGUUUCCGUGGCUGUGGUUUUUCUCCUUUCUUUGUGCCGCUGUGCUCGUCGCCGCGAAAACCGUGAAACGGAACACCACGGCUCACCAAGAAGACCAGUGACGUCAUCUCUGACGUUUGGCUUCCACUGAGGAUGGCGCAACGGUACGACGAGGCGGUGUCCCACUACGGCGGCGGGGGCGGCGGCGGCGCCGGCGGAGGCGGCAGCGCCCUCGAGGCGGGUCCCCUGUACGGAGACCCCCACGGCGGGCGCAUGCAGCCCCUGGCCCACAGCCCGCACCCGAUGAACCCCAUGUACGCCAACCAUGCGCCGGGGGCACCGCAGGUCGCCAACCACGUCAUGGGCGCCGUGCCGGACGUCCACAAGCGAGACAAGGACGCCAUCUACGGACACCCACUGUUCCCGCUGCUGGCUCUCAUCUUCGAGAAGUGCGAACUGGCCACCUGCACACCGAGGGAGCCGGGCAUUGCGGGGGGCGACGUCUGUUCAUCCGAAUCCUUCAACGAGGACAUCGCUGUCUUUGCUAAGCAGAUUAGGCAAGAAAAACCCUAUUACCUUCCCAACCCUGAGUUAGACAGUCUAAUGGUGCAAGCAAUCCAAGUCCUCAGGUUUCAUCUUCUGGAGCUCGAAAAAGUACACGAGCUGUGCGACAACUUCUGUCAGCGAUACAUCAGCUGCCUGAAGGGCAAGAUGCCCAUCGACCUGGUGAUCGACGAGCGCGACAGCAAGCCCGGGGACCUGGGCGACAACAACAACAACCACAACAGCAGCGGUGGCGCCGGGGGAGGGGGAUCGGGAGGAGGGGGAGGGGGAGGAGGAGGCGGCGGAGGCGGAGGAGGGGGCAGGAGCCACCACAACCCGGACACCACGGGACACAACAGCACCGACAGUUCCUCCACGCCGGACCAGGGGUACGGCAUGGAGGACAUCGAACCCGGUCCGGGCGACGACAGUGUCGUCGAUGGCCACAGUCCCUAUCGGCGCACCGUGGGUGGGAGCGCUUGGCAAUUCCCGAAAUUCACAAAUUCGCGUCCUCCAUCGCAGUCUCUCAAUUCGUACGGGACGGCCGACGACGUGCGCUCCCCGACGGGCUCUGCGGGCACGCCCGGUCCAAUGCCGCAGCAACCCAGUUCACAGCAGAGCACGGACAACAACAGCGAAGCGGGCAAGUCGGUGGACUCCUUCAGCCUAGGGCUUUCUCCGCACGGCGACGCGAGCGUCGGCUCAGGCGACGGCACGGGCGAGGACGAGGACGAAGACAGGGGCAAGAAGCGCCAGAAGAAACGCGGCAUCUUUCCCAAGGUGGCGACCAACAUCAUGCGAGCCUGGCUCUUCCAACACCUCACGCAUCCGUAUCCCUCCGAAGACCAGAAGAAGCAGCUGGCCCAAGACACCGGACUCACCAUCCUCCAAGUCAACAACUGGUUCAUUAACGCGAGGCGAAGAAUCGUGCAACCAAUGAUCGAUCAGUCUAAUCGAGCAGGUGGGACGAUAGGAGGCGCAAGUGCGGCGUAUGGACCUGACGGUGGAAUGGGAUACAUGAUGGACGGCAGUCCGCAAAUGCACAUUAGGCCACCAGGCAUGCAGAACCUGUCGUGCAGUGACACGUCGAUGGGCAUGGGCCACAUGGGAGCCAUGGGCAGCUACCCGCAGAUGCCGCAGCUGCGGUCUCCUCCGCAAGCGAUGCUGCUGCCGGGACACCCCCACGCCAUGAUGAUGGCGCCCAUGAGUCAUCCGGGCCUGCCGCCCCAGGGCUCGCCCUACGACGGACAGCACAUCAUGGACAUCCACGCCAGCUAAGCGGGACGUCCGCGCCUCGUGGCUCUUCCUCCGUGGCUGCCAUCGUCACUGUCCCCCUUCCUCUUCUUCUUUUCCUCUUCCGACCUCAGUUGGCGGCGCGUGCAGUCGGGCGAGAGCGAGUUUUCGAAGACGCGCGCGGACACGGGAGCUCGCGACUGGUGGCGCAGCCCAAUCGGCACCGGCAUUCGCCUUGCCGGCCGAAGGUGGCGACACGGCGCGGCAGAUUCCGGAAACGAUGCGGUGGGCGGCCGACGGUUUGCUGGAUAACCACCCGAAUUUUGACAACGGUUAAAGUUUAAAGGUAAAAAAAAAAAUGUAUCCUGGCUCGCCUCCGCACUUCGUUCUUCCCGGACCUUCUCUUGCGAUUAAAAGUGAAAUAAUUACGCGAGGCAUUUGCGAAAGAUCGAGUCUGCCCGACUGCACACCGCACGAGUAUUUUUUUUAUUCCUUCUUUUUACUUUGGUUUACAUCAAACGCAACUCGGCAGAAAUUCCUUUCGUCAUUCGAGUAUCACUAAAUCGAUGCAUCGAAUACGUCAACCUACCCACACGCUUACCGCGUUUUAGAGCGGACGCUUUGGCCGACAUUCUGCUGUACGAAAUUUGCUACCCACGACUUGACGACGCCAAACAAAACGCCGGAUCGCGCGACUCCGAUUUAACGACUAUGACGUCAUUUCCGUUCAUUAUCUGGUGGUUUCCUUCACGGCCGCGUCAUGCGACGCUCGAAAAAACAAAAAACAAAUGAGGGAUAGUUUUGGGAGCGUCAACCAACUUGUGGAUCAUGGCCGCGGUCCUCACCUCAAUGUGUCUCGUUGCUCGAGUCGCCUAAACUAACCACAUACUUUUUUUUUUCUCUCUUUUUUUGUCGGGAGGGGUUUUUAAUGGAUGUUGUUGGCGACGCAAAGGAAGUUGAACUGCACCAAGGGGUGAUCGAUGAUCGGUGUCCUGAGACAGCGAAUGAGAGCCGUGACAGACUCGCGGAGCAAUGGAGACAGACGAACCACGCAGCGUCGCCGGUAGGACAGAGCGUCCUCCAGAGAUGGGUCUGUAGACCAAACGACACUCUUUUGAUAUACGUAAAGAAACACAUCGUUGUUCGCCACAGUUGGUUUGUUUUUUCCUUCUUCGCUUUCUUUUUUUUAUCAUUAUUAUUUUUUUUUUUUUUUUUGCAAAGGAAUGUUCACUUUCAUAAAGGAGCGGCUGAAGGCGCUUUGUACGUACUACGAAACUUUGUAAAUGCAGUUACUUCUUUUUGCUUUCACCGGUGAAUUUGUGUCGUCUUUCUUUUUGUCGAGGUGUGUUUCUCUCAUGAUUCUUUCAUUACUGGUAUUUCCUCUUUGCGUGUAUGGCUGUGUAAACAACUCAGUCCUGAUUUUUUUUAUUUUUAAUUUUUUAAUUUUAGGGUUUGGGAGCGGACUUUGGUUCCUAUUUUGAAGUUGAAAAGGAGGAAAGUUAGUGAUGAAUGGAAAAAAAAAUAGGAAGUUACAUGCAUCAUCGUUUGCGUUCUCUCUCUUUUUUUUUUUUUUUUAUCAUAGUGAGUCAGUGUAUUCCCAAGAAGGAAAUUCAGCCUUUAUCCAACCUCGACAUUGAAAACCGUCGUUUUUAAGGGAAGAAACGAGUGUAAAAUCUCGCAAUCCUUGCAUGUUAUUCUCCUCGCCGCUUCAUGAAAAAGAAAAAGAGUCUGUCUGAUUAUUUUGGAAAGUACAUCACAACCAAACGAUAUCUUUGACGCCUAUUCUAUGCUUGAUAUGAAUUACUGAUCUCUGCUAAAAAAAAAACUUCUGGUGGCUAAGUGAGUUUAUGUGCAAUCACUCACUUUUAUCUGUUUUUUUCUUUGCUUAGGAUAGGCUACUCUUUCUGCUAGUUUAUUUUUCUCACUUGAUUUGUAUUUUUGCGUCGUCUCGCCGUCUCUCUUUUUCCAAGCCCCUUUUUCUUUAAGCGAAGAGAGGCGAAAAACAAACAAAAGAUACGUAUGUAAAAAGCAUCUACAAAACGGAGAUACCGAAAGAAAUCUCUAGUUAUAUAUAAAUAUUAUAAAUAUAAAUAGUUUAAAAUAUUAUUCAGUGGUUAUCUUUUCUUCUUUUUUUUCUUGCUUUCCUACAGGGCCGCUAUCUUUUUUCUGUUAAUGUUAUUUUUAUUCUUCGUGUUUUACUUUGGGUAUCGUAAAAGGCAUUUGUCAGCCGUUUCGAUUCUCAAACGUUCCCCUAGAUGUGUGUGUGUGUGUGUGCGUGUUCUAUUGCUUAACUGGCAUCGAUUGUUCUUUUUUUUUGCGUGUUUCUGAGACCUGUCAUGUCGUGUUUAGAUGUGCGAAUGUGCGCGCAUACAUGUACGUACUGUAAAAAAACAAACAAAAAAGUGGAAAGAAACGAGAAAACAAAAAAACACACACGCAACGUUUCGUUUUUAUUUUGUUUUACGAAAUGUAUCUUCCUCCGGAGUGUCGGGCCGCUCCUCGCCCCAUGUGUGGAAUAUCAUUGCCGCCUUGUUCGCACAUUGUUAAUUUUCGGCGUUCCAUACACCACCCACAGCAGUUUUCUUCUCGACUCUGUGUACGAAAGCCUGUCAGUGUCAGCCGCGAGAAUUUUGCAUUUGUUUUUUUGUUUUUGUCCGCCACGUACAUACAGACACACACACUUGCACAUGGUGCGCACGCAUACACACAUGGGCACGCGGAAAAAACAAAUAAUGAUGAAAAAAAAGACAAGUCUUUGUCACCGUGACAACAGGGAGAAGUGUCGCAAAAACAAAAAAAAAACAGAAAAAAACGUGUGCCUCCCGAACCCUUCAGCAUAUUCGUUGCAAUAUAUUACGCAGAUAGUUAAACCCUGAUGAUGCAAAUUGGGUCCGAGUUUUUGACUGCCAUUUAUUGUAUCGUACUCGAUGAUCGAGUACUGCAGUCGGUCUUAGCACAGAACGGUGGUUUUUGUUGUUUUCGUUGUUCGAAAUCGGACGUAAAAUAAGUCAGAGUUGUGUUGACUUUGUGCCAUAUUGGUGGAAGGGUUCGGAGGUUCCUUCUUUACGUGAACGUGCAAUUUUAUUUGUUUCUUUUUAAUUGUAUUUUAACAGUUUUUUUUUUUUGCGUGUUAAGCGUUAAAAAAAGACACAGCCGAACUAGACCAAUACAUUUUUUUUAUUGUUUUUUAUCUCCCUGUUGGCACGUCUAUUGCAGGGUAUCCUUUCCGAGCGUGUCUCUCCAAUCAACCACCCAUUUGUAAACUAGUUUGAGUGUUUCAUUCUCGGCACCGGCGCUCUUCUUCGCACUCGUGUGUGUAUCCAUCGCUUGAACCUGAUUUGUUUUGUUUUCUAUUUAGAUGAGAAGAGAGAGGUAGGUUGUAACCUAAAGAAAGAAGAAGAAAAAACAUCGCAAGAAUUAAAACGAGCGCAAAAAGAAAUUACACUGAAAUGGAUGCGUUCGCUCUUCUGUCGAUAAGUUUCCCCUCUGCCGACCCUCGUGGUUUUAGUUAUGCCUCGAAGCGUACGUUAAAAUCUGAUCACAUGUUUCUUUUUUAUUGUUGCCAGAUUGAAAAAUUGGCAUCGUGAACGCCCGUUUGGCGGGAAUGUCUCGCAUACAAGAGUGCGCAUGUGCAUUGCUGCUAUAUGUAUGGAGAAAAUAAAAUAUACGUAUGUUGGUUCCGGUUUCUGACUAAUGUUCGUGGUCGGUUUCAGUAUUGCAUAUGUCUUGUUUUUCUUUUUUUCUCUCCCUCUCUUUGUACAUAAAAAGAAACCGGUAGCCGUUGGAGCAGUUGCCUAUUGCAGUCUGGUUUUUUUUUUUUUUUUUUUUUUUUUAUUUCCAAGCGCAAACGCAUUGUUUUUAAUUCAUAGCGGAGGCGCACGAAAACGACAGAUUUUAUUUCUUCUCUGAUCCUGUUAUUGUUAUUCUGUAGAUCUUGUCUGUGUGUGCUUGGGGAAACAAAUUGUGUCAAACUGUACACUUUCCUGCGUUUUUUCUUCCCCUCACUCUCUCUCUCGCUCGCUCGCUCGAACGUUGAUGUUCUCUGUGUAGAAGUCUUACUAAUUGUGAAAUAAAGAGAAAAGAAAAAAAAGAAGUGAAAAAGUA